UCAUCCGAGUUUAGGCGGCCACGGGUCACAGCCAGUCUAGACAGCCGCCGGCUCCAGCCCAUCAGCACUAUGGCAGAGCGUGCGGCGCUGGAGGAGCUGGUGCGACUUCAGGGAGAGCGCGUGCGGGACCUCAAGCAGCAGAAGGCCAGCGCCGAGCAGAUUGAAGAGGAGGUAGCAAAACUACUGAAGCUGAAGGCACAGCUGGGCCCUGAUGAAGGGAAACAGAAAUUUGUGCUCAAAACUCCCAAGGGCACACGAGACUACAGUCCCCGGCAGAUGGCAGUUCGGGAGAAGGUGUUUGAUGUCAUCAUAAGGUGCUUUAAGCGCCAUGGUGCAGAAGUAAUUGAUACACCUGUAUUUGAACUAAAGGAAACAUUGACUGGAAAGUAUGGAGAAGACUCUAAGCUCAUCUAUGACUUGAAAGAUCAGGGUGGAGAGCUGCUGUCCCUUCGCUAUGACCUUACUGUUCCUUUUGCUCGAUAUUUGGCAAUGAAUAAACUGACCAACAUUAAACGCUACCACAUAGCAAAAGUAUAUCGUCGGGAUAACCCCGCCAUGACCCGUGGCCGAUACCGUGAAUUCUACCAAUGUGAUUUUGACAUUGCUGGGCAAUUUGAUCCCAUGAUCCCUGAUGCAGAGUGCCUGAAGAUCAUGUGUGAGAUCCUGGGUUCACUUCAGAUUGGCGACUUCCUGGUCAAGGUGAACGAUCGGCGCAUCCUAGAUGGAAUGUUUGCCAUCUGCGGUGUUCCUGACAGCAAGUUCCGUACCAUCUGCUCCUCAGUGGAUAAGUUGGACAAGGUGUCCUGGGAUGAAGUAAAGAAUGAGAUGGUGGGAGAGAAGGGCCUUGCACCUGAGGUGGCUGAUCGAAUUGGGGAGUAUGUCCAACAGCACGGUGGGGUAUCCCUGGUAGAACAGCUGCUCCAGGAUCCUAAACUGUCACAGAACAAGCAGGCCUUAGAGGGCCUUGGGGACCUGAAGCUGUUGUUUGAGUACCUGACCCUGUUUGGCAUAGCUGACAAGAUCUCCUUUGACCUCAGCCUUGCUCGAGGACUGGACUACUAUACUGGAGUGAUCUAUGAGGCAGUGCUCCUACAGACCCCAGUCCAGGCAGGGGAAGAACCCCUGGGUGUCGGCAGUGUGGCUGCUGGAGGGCGCUAUGAUGGACUGGUGGGCAUGUUUGACCCUAAAGGGCGCAAGGUGCCAUGUGUGGGACUCAGCAUUGGAGUGGAGCGGAUCUUCUCUAUCGUGGAACAGAGACUGGAGGCGUUAGAGGAGAAAGUACGGACCACAGAGACACAGGUGUUUGUGGCAUCUGCACAGAAGAAGCUGCUGGAGGAGAGACUGAAGCUUGUUGCAGAGCUAUGGGAUGCAGGAAUCAAGGCAGAGCUACUCUAUAAGAAGAACCCAAAGUUACUUAACCAGUUGCAGUACUGUGAAGAGGCAGGCAUCCCGCUGGUGGCUAUCAUCGGUGAGCAGGAGCUCAAGGAUGGGGUCAUCAAGCUCCGUUCAGUGUCUAGCAGGGAAGAGGUGGACAUCCGAAGAGAAGACCUUGUGGAGGAGAUCAAAAGGAGAACAAGGCAGCCCCUUUGCAUCUCCUAAAUUGAGCAAAGCGAUGCUCAGAAGAAACAGGGACUUUGAAGCAAAGACCAAACUCUGCGUACAUACUCCAACAGCUUUGCACAUUUCUGUUCCAUCAGGAAGACCUGAAACUUGGGCAGAACAGAGACUUUUUAUUUUUAUUAUAAUUUUAUUGGUACUUACUGGCAAGAAUGGCAUUUUCCAUUGAAGGCCCUAGGCAGCUUAGUCCUGCCUGUUCUCCCCAGUACAGGGACUGGACCUAAGAAAGUCUCACCUGUAAGACCCCACAAAAGGAGAAGGAAUGUACCUCACAAAAAAAAAAAAACACCCCAAAAAAAAUAAUAAAAUGCCUCAACCACUGGA